GUGGCUGGACAUCCGGCCACGCCGGACCAGGCAGGGGCGGGGGCGGGGGCAGGGGCAGUGAGGCCCUGAGAGAGCAGAGUCCAGCACCACCCCGCCCCCUAGUACGGACGGAGAGGAGGGGGCCCACCCGGAGACCCUGGGGGAGGUAGGGGCUUCUUCCUCCUAACCUUUGGGUGGGUGGCGGCAGCUCACUACCCGCUCCAGGCCCCCGCGGGCUCACACCUGCGCCGCCCCGCCGGUCGCGGGCAGGAGGGGGGUCGCUGGGUCCCGGCACCUUCCCUCGCCCCGCAGGCUGAAUGAGCCGGGGAGGGGGCGUCGGGAGCCCGCAGGCGGAUUAGUCACCCGGGCCGCUGGCGCGUGCAGGGGGUGGGUCCUCCCCGGGCGCCGGGCGCGCGGGCGGGCGCGGGGGGCGGGGCGCGCGGGGCGGAGAGCCCGGCCGGGACCAAUGGGAGCGGGGGCUCGGCGAGGGGGCCGCCCACGGCCGCGCGGCCGCAUAAAGAGCCGGCGGCGGCUGCAGGGCGCAGAGCUCGGCGCCGCGGCUCUCUGCUCCUCCCCGCUGCGCCGCACUCUUCCGCGCUCUCUCGCCGCCGCUGCCGCCGCUGGACCGAAGGGACCGUCCUGGCUCCACGGCACAGCCGGUCCACGAGGACUUUGCAGCCUGCCGCCCCUCGCCAGUCCGGUCGCCGCGGCCACCUGCGCACCGAUGGAGCUCGACCACAUGACGAGCGGCGGCCUCCACGCCUACCCCGGGCCGCGGGGCGGGCCAGCGGCCAAGCCCAACGUGAUCCUGCAGAUCGGUAAGUGCCGGGCCGAGAUGCUGGAGCACGUGCGGAGGACCCACCGACACCUGCUCACCGAGGUGUCCAAGCAGGUGGAGCGGGAGCUGAAGGGGCUGCACAGGUCGGUGGGGAAGCUGGAGAGCAACCUGGACGGCUACGUGCCCACCGGCGACUCGCAGCGCUGGAAGAAGUCCAUCAAGGCCUGCUUGUGUCGCUGCCAGGAGACCAUCGCCAACCUGGAGCGCUGGGUCAAGCGGGAGAUGCAUGUGUGGCGGGAGGUCUUCUACCGGCUGGAGAAGUGGGCCGACCGCCUGGAGUCCAUGGGCGGCAAGUACCCGGUGGGCAACGAUCCGGCCCGCCACACCGUCUCCGUGGGCGUCGGGGGUCCGGAGGGCUACUGCCAGGAGGCGGAUGCCUACGACUACACCGUCAGCCCCUACGCCAUCACCCCGCCUCCUGCCAGCGGCGAGCUGCCCGGGCAGGAGCCCGUGGACGCCCAGCAGUACCCGCCCUGGGGGGCCGGGGAGGACGGGCAGCCCAGUCCCGGUGUGGACACGCAGAUCUUCGAGGAUCCGAGGGAGUUCCUCAGCCACCUGGAGGAGUACCUGCGACAGGUGGGCGGCUCCGAGGAGUACUGGCUGUCGCAAAUCCAGAACCACAUGAACGGGCCGGCCAAGAAGUGGUGGGAGUUCAAGCAGGGCUCUGUGAAGAAUUGGGUUGAGUUCAAGAAAGAGUUCCUGCAGUACAGCGAGGGCACACUGUCCCGGGAGGCCAUCCAGCGGGAGCUGGACCUGCCGCAGAAGCAGGGGGAGCCGCUGGACCAGUUCCUGUGGCGCAAGCGGGACCUGUACCAGACGCUCUAUGUGGACGCCGAGGAGGAGGAGAUCAUCCAGUACGUGGUGGGCACCCUGCAGCCCAAGCUCAAGCGCUUCUUGCGCCAUCCACUGCCCAAGACCCUGGAGCAGCUCAUCCAGAGGGGCAUGGAAGUACAGGACGGCCUGGAGCAGACGGCCGAGCCCACGGGCCCCCGCCUCCCCACGGAGGACGAGGCCGAGGCGCUCACGCCAGCCCUCACCAGCGAGUCUGUCACCAGUGACCGGACCCAGCCCGAAUAGAGGCCAGCCCGGGCCCCAGCCUGCCCACCACACCCCGCCUGUGGCCUUUGCCAACCAGGACUGUCGAGCCGGGCUGACUCCUGCACAGGGGAGCCCCGCAUCCUCACCUGGCUGGGCACCCGCCCUCAGCCUCCCAGCCUGACUCACACAGACACAUGUCAUCCAGCUGUGGGCAGUACCCCCCAAACAGCGAAGGGCCCCUGCCCUGUCAUCCUCCCUCUGUGUCUGUCUUUCCCGGUCUCUGGCCCCAUCCUGCACACUCUCUGGCCACCCCAGGACCUCCCAGCUUUGGUAUUCUGCUCAACCGCCCGGGCCCCCUGGGCACUCAGAAAUCAAAUGUCCAGAUGGCCCAGGCCAGUGAGCCCCGAGCCCAGGGGACACCCCAGAGCAGAAGCUAAGACAGCAGCAACACCACGGGAACCUUGGCUUUGGGGCGCCGCCUUCCCCUGGCAGUUGCUGUGCAGCCGGCUGGCACUCUUGCCGCCGCCCAGGGCAGCCGGCCAGCCUCAGGCAGCGAGGCUCCCUCCUGCUGCGGAAAGCCAGAGCCUCAGGAGCGACUGACCGCUGCGGCAGCAGCACUGCGACGGCAGCAGCAGACCUGGCGUCCUGGUGCCUCCUGGCCCCUCAGCACUAGUGAUUCACCGCAGCCUGGAAAAGGAUCCGCUGGGCUCGAUGACUCACCCGCAGCCGGGGGAGGGUCCCACAGGGCCUGAGUCCUCAAACUCAGCUGAGGAGCCAGGAGAGUGACGACAGGUCUCAACGCUCGCGCUCCCACAGAGCCUUCCCUGCCAUGCCUGGCAUGCCCCUCCCUCUCCUCCUGCAAGCUGCCCGCCCGAGGAGACGCUGAGGUCAGCAGAGGGGCCGCAGAGAGGGUGGGCCCGGCAGAGAGCUGGUGAUGAAGACGGGCCAGUGUGAGGGCCAGGGCCUGCCUCUAGGCCUGCCCCGCUGACCACCAGCCUGCCCGCCCCCACGGCCGCUGUGGCUGGAGGUGGGGUCUGCUACCUCGGGCCGGUCUCGCUCCAGCCCAGGAACCCUUGCCCACCGCACGGCGGCCAUCCUCUCUUGCCAGAGCUUUCCAGGAGCUCUGAGGCUGAGGCUCCAGCCCCAGCCCCUGCCCGCAGCCCCAGGCCCAGCCCCAGGAGAUCCCAGAAGCCUUGCACCUGGGGCUUAGGCAGGCCCCGCCAUAGCCGGGGCCCAGACCCCCACCUGGGGGACCCCCAGCGCCCUGGUGCUGGCCGGCCACUCGUGUCUGCAGCCCGAGGAGGCCCUGGCCGGGGGUUCUCCUUUCUGCCUGUCCAGUGGGGGUUUCCAGAUUCAGGGGACUGAUGGCUGCAGGUGACUCUGUCAGUUCCUCCAUCCUGCACUCCUGCCGGCCCCCCCCCCCCCCAGAUUUUAUUUUUGCACAUAAGCCAUAACCCAUACUCAUAGGCUGGCAUAGGCUGCAGGGAGGCCCUGGGGUCCUCAAGAGGGUGUGACUGGUCUCCCCCCCCCGCCCCGUCCCCAGCGGGUCAGGCCUUCAGUGUCGGACCAGGCUGUGUGUACCCCUGUCACCUUACCUGAAGACAGACUCUUUUGUAAGAUUUUGUUAAUAAAA